GAAGUGGGGGCAGCGCCGGCGCCCAGCACCUGCCGCCCGUGGGGGACUGACUUCGGGGGAACGGAAAACCAGAGUUGUUCCUCAGGGCCAGUCCACCGAGUCUGAAGUCUGUAAGCCGGGAAAGACCUUCAGCAGUGAUCUCCAAAUUCCAAAAUGACUACCCUGCCCCCACUGGCCAUGACACGCCCAAAGCUUACGUCCCUAGCCAGACAGAAGCUGCCGUGCUGCCCUGAAACAAUUCCAAGGGCUCAACUGAUCAAAGAAAAAGAUGACAUAGAUCAUUAUCUGGAGGUGAAGUUCAAAGGAUUGUCGAAAGAGGAGGUUGCUGCUUACCGGAACUCGUACAAGAAGAACAUCUGUGUGGACAUGCUGCGAGACGGGUAUCACAAGUCCUUCACCGAGCUCUUCUCUCUGAUGGAGAAGUGGGACGCCCUGAGGGAGGCUGCGAAGGUCAGGUCCAUCUUGUGGCUGCAGAGACCCCUGGAGGAGCAGCCUGACAAGCUGGACCACUUCUACUAUUACCUGACCAGGGCCGAGGUGGCUGAAAGGAAAGAAUACUUUGAAGAUGUCUAUAAUAACCUGUAUGCUCUGGCCUGUUACUUCAAUAAUCCUGAAGACAAGUGGGUAAGGAACCACUUCUACCAACGAUGUUUUCAGAUUGCUCAACUGAUCAAAAUUGACGGGGGGAAGAAAGCGGCCGAGUCGCUGGGGCACAUGGGACUUCUCUUCGAGGAAGACGGUCAGCUUCUGGAAGCAGCCGAGUAUUACGAAGCGUUCCAUCAGUUGACACAGGGGCGGAUCUGGAAGGACGAGACAGGCCGCUUUCUCAACCUGUUGGCCUGCGAGAGUCUCCUGAGGACUUACAGACUCCUCGCAGACCAGAUGCUGGAAAACAAAGAUUACAAACAGGCCAUCAAAAUUCUAAUCAAAGCUUCAGAAAUAGCCAAAGAAGCAAAUGACAAAAAGAUGGAAGGAGAAGCGUCCUAUUACUUGGGCUUAGCACACCUGGCUGCCGGAGAGCAUAAAACAGCAUUAGCAGUCCUCCGCUCUUACACUGAACUCUCCACGGACCUGGACGACGACCUCAGCCUGGGGAGAGCCUAUGAAGCCAUAGCCAAAGUCCUGCAGAGCCAAGGAGAAAUGACAGAAGCAAUUGAAUACUUGGAAAAAGUUGUGAAAAUUGCAAGAAACAAUUUUCAAAGCCUUGAUGUUGUGAAAGCAAGUACAAUGCUUGGUGACAUCUACAAUAAAAAAGGAUACUACAAAAAAGCUUCCACAUACUUCCAGCAAGCUUUUGACACCACAGAAGAGCUCACAAACAUGCCACUGAUAGAUGAAAUCAAAGUUCAUUACGGAAUAGCCAAAGCGCAUCAGAUGAUGCUGACAGUUAACAAUUACGUAGAGGCUGCAGACCUGGCCAGCCUUGACUGCCUGCUGGCCUGGAAGGAGGGCAGGAGCGACAUCGCACCUGACCCCGUCACUGCUAUCUUCACUGUUCAACACUUCCGCCUCCUUGGAAAACAGAAGGAAAAAACACCCUACGAUCCAACCCUGCGUUUUGAUCACCACGCAAUUAUCACACGAAUGCAGGGCCACGCCGAGUACGAUGUUGACAAAGUGAAGAAAUACAGAAAUAUUAUUUGGAAGUCUGAGCAGCUUUUAGGUUUUCAGAGUUUGCCUUUCUUUGAAGCCCAGAGAAAAGCACUAACAGCUGCGAGCAUGGUAACCGUGAAGUGCCAAGCAGCGCUGACGUCAUCUGCACCAGGUAGCAACCGUGGCUGCUGCGGCCCCAGGAGCUGGCACAGCGCCGGGCGCAUCAUGGUGCUCAAGGAAUACCUGGACUGUGGACCAUUCUGCUCACAGUUCUUGGUAGCUGAUGGUGUUACCAGUUUUAACUUUCCAAUGUACACUGAACUCACCACUCCCAAGAAAAAUGCAGCUGAGUUUCUCUAA